AUGGUUGUGAUGCCAAACCAUGGCCGGAUGAACACCGGCUCGAACCUGUUCAACGUGGCAUCUCAUGUGUCCUUACACCGCUUUUUGAUACUUUGUGUUCUCUGCGUGUUUUCUUCGUGCAGGCUCGAAUACGCGCGAGACGAUGAGGGGCAAGGGCGUGCCGUAGUGAGCUCGAUCGGGCUGGUAGUGCUCCUGGCGGAUUUGGUCGUCAACCGGUGCACCGUGGAGGCGAAGCACGCGUGGAUACUGCUCGCCUUCCUGUUGGCUUGGGUGGUCGAACAGGUGGCUUGGGUGUCAGCAGACUCCCAGCACGAGGCCUGUUACGAGGUCUUCGACGCUGAGGGGCUGAACAACGCAAUAUCGGCCGUGGUCGCUUCGCUCGUUGUUGUCGCUUUGGCGUUCGCGUACGCCGCGCUGUGCGUCCAGCGCGACCGUCUCCUGUCCCGGUUCGGGUUCGGCCCCGGCCCGGAUCCCGCGCGCCAGGACGACGUGGAGGAAGACCUCGGCGACGAGGCGGCCGUGACGCGGGUCAUGACCCUGCCCCCGAUGACCCAGCCGGUCCCGGCGCCGCUGACGUCGGAGCGCUCGUACGUGGUCAACCCGGUCUUCGCCGGCAAGGGCUCGAGGAUGAAGCGCAACCCCUUGCCGCACGGCAUGAAGCGCAGCGGCAGCAGCGUCGGUGGGGGCGAGCGGCGAACGUCGCUCGCGUCCAUGGAGACGGACAUGUCGUCCGGGGAAGAUCACGAGGCGGGGUGGCCGCUGGACGGGGACGUUGGAAACUCGGGCGCCGGCAGCAAGCACUCGAGAGGGUCGUCCGCGGACGUCGGGAUGUCGAACCACCUCUCUUCUUGGGCCGGCUACGGGGGCGGGGGAGCGGCGGCCUGGGUGCGCUCGGGGCGAGAGGCCCCGCCACCAUUAGUUGUGCGGAGUGGUGGCAAAGAAAGCCAUCGACGGACGAAUUCUAAGUAGGAAGGUUGGGGGCAGAAACAUACAUUUUUUAUUCAUUUUGUGUUCGCUCUUUUUUCGUAUGGUACAUAGUUUUGGUCAAU